GCGAAACACGCUCGGUACUUGAGUGAACUAUCGGACCAAGAGGCAUGGGGUGCUACGUUAGUGUGGAUCCAAAAACAAACCACAAACAAGCUGAUCGUCUUCAUUCCCGAUAGAUAUCUAAAAAAAAAAAAAAAAGAAGUGGAAAUCCGUCGACCUUCAUGGCGGAUUCCCUCGGGAGCGAAACGUAGCUGGACCACCGUGUUGCAUCUCGGUGGCUAACGGUUUGCCUUUUGAUGAUGAACCUCGUAAUUAUGAACAUUCACACUAUUUUCGAGGGGUCAGCCAGGAGGAUAAUUUCUCUUGAGUGAGGGAAGACCUCCCUCCUGAAGAGGUGUGAAACAUGCCCCUGCCAUUUGGCUUUAAACUCAAAAGAACUCGAAGGUAUACUGUUUCAAGCAAAAGCUGUCUUGUCACUCGGAUACAGCUGCUCAACGGAGAGUUUGUGGAGUUUACGCUUUCAGUGGAGAGCACAGGACAGGAAUGUCUGGAGGCAGUUGCUCAGAGACUUGAGUUAAGAGAGAUAACAUUCUUCAGCCUGUGGUACUUCAACAAGCAGAAUCAGCAGAGAUGGAUCGACUUGGAGAAGCCGCUGAAAAAGCAGCUCGACAAGUACGGGCUGGAGCCCACCGUUUACUUUGGAGUCGUGUUUUACAUACCCAGUGUCAACCAACUGCAACAGGAGAUCACAAGAUAUCAGUAUUACCUGCAGCUUAAGAAGGAUGUUCUGGAAGGAAGGAUCUCAUGCUCACUUGAACAAGCUGUUCGUUUAGCUAGUCUGGCAGUGCAAGCUGACUUUGGAGACUUCAAUCGAUAUGAUUCUCAGGAGUUCCUACAGAAGUUUGUCUUGUUUCCGAUUGACUGGAUCCAGGAUGAGCGAGUUCUGGAGGAGGCCACUCAGAAAGUGGCUCUUCUUUAUCAGUCCUUUAGGGGUUUAUCAGCCCCAGAGGCAGAGAUGUUGUACAUGCAAGAGGUGGAGAAAAUGGAAGGCUAUGGUCAGGAAAGCUAUCAAGCUAAGGACAGCACAGGCACAGAUGUUACACUGGGUUCUUGCCUAGAGGGCAUCUUUGUCAAACAUAAAAAUGGCAGGCCACUUCUUCUAUUCAGGUGGAAUGAAAUUAACAACAUGAGUCACAACAGGUCCUUCUUUGCCCUGGAGCUCACCAACAGAGAGGAGAGUGUUCAGUUCCAGACCGAAGACAUGGAAACCUCCAAAUAUGUGUGCCGGAUGUGUCUGGCCAGACUCAAGUUUUAUAAGAUAAACAAGAGUAGUCUCCAAAGCCAGGCCACAGUUGUCAAUCCAGUCAGACGGAGAUCCUCUACUCGACUAUCUCUGCCGAAGCCUCAGGGCUACAUGAUGCCCCCUCCACAAAUGCACUAUAAUGGCCAUUUCACAGAGCCGUACACAUCAUCACAAGACAACCUGUACAUGAACAAUCAGAACGGCUAUUACUACCACUCCCAGACAAGCCUGGACUGCCCUCCUCUGGAAUACAGCAGCGGAGGGCGUUUACGUAAUGGCAGCGUCUACAGUGCCCACAGCACCAGCUCUUUAACCAAUCCACAGCACUACCUUCAGCCCUCACCCAUGUCCUCCAAUCCCUCCAUCACUAGUGACAUCACCAGGCCUGACUAUAUCCCCUCGCACCGCCACAGUGCUCUGAUCCCGCCAUCCUACCGUGCCACACCUGAUUAUGAGACAGUGAUGCGUCAGAAGACCAGAGGACCGGGCGGAGGGAUGGUGUUGUCUCAGGAGCACCGGCAGAGCCACUCAAUGAGGAACCUGAACAUUGGUAACUCCUACGCCUACAGCAGGCCAGACCCUCUGGUUUACAGCCAGCCAGAGAUCAGAGGGGAGCAUGGCGGAGCGGCCCAACACCUCCACUAUCCCUUCCAUCUUGGCUCCAGCUUCCACAGCCCCUCUCCGUACCCAUACCCCACAGAAAGAAGGCCUGUGGUGGGGGCGGUGAGCGUCCCAGAGCUCACUAAUGUCCAGUUACAGCAGGCGCAGGAAUAUCCAGCCCCCAACAUAAUGAGAACACAAGUGUACCGACCACCGCCACCCUACCCAUACGCCCAUCCUCGGCCUGCUAACAGCACCCCUGACCUGUCGCGUCACCUGUACGUCAGCAGCAGCAACCCUGACCUGAUCAUCACGAGACGCGUGCAUCACUCGGUCCAGACUUUCCAGGAGGACAGCCUUCCUGUUGCACACUCUUUACAAGAAGUGUCAGAGCCCCUUUUCAGUGGACCCCCACAGAGACACCCAUACCACGCUCAGAAGCGUAACUCCAUUGAGAUUGCUGGAUUAGCUCAAAGUCUGGAGGGGAUGAGGGUCAAAGAGCGGACUUUGUCUUCGUCUGCAGCUGAAUCUGCUACGCCUCCUCCUGUCCUGCACAGCCGUCAAUCUCAGGGCUCUCAACUUGACGUGUUUCUUGAACGUACAAAGAAGGAGGACAGGGGGGGUAAUAAGGAAGGCGUACAGUACGGACACAAAAAGUCCCUCUCAGAUGCCACCAUGCUGGUUCACAGUAGUGGUGAAGAAGAGGAGUUUGAGGAGGACAGCGGACGUCACACUCCACUGUCUCAGGAUGCAGCAGUAACUCUUCCUGAGCAGCCUACGCAACCGCAUCACAGCUUAACGUCUCUCUCUUCACUGAAAAAUCAGCAACAGACUCCCAUCGAGCCGCCUCCUGCAUAUCCCAUAGGCUCCUCCCUCGACCCCGCCGUAACCAGCUCCCUAGCCUACAAGGUUCACCCCUUGAUCCAGGAGAACGAGCCCCUGUACCUGCUGUCAGAUUUAAGACAGCCCAGGAUUAUGCCCUCAGUCUCUGAGGGAGACCUGAGUGGGCAGGCCAAGCAGAAGACCAAGAAGGACUUCAAGAAGAGGCCUGUGUCUGAUGUGCCUGCUGGGAAGAAAACCGUGGAAGGUUUGCCCCCUCCGGGCAUGAGGAAAGGAGCAAGGUCAGAGGUGAAGAAGAUGGGCCCUCUGAAGGUGGCCCACCUGAACGGCCUGUCAGUGUCCAGGCAGCCGAUGCACGACGAGAUCAAGGAUGAGCCUGAACGAGCCUCUAACGACGAGAGGUGUAAAGCGCUAGAGCAGCACAUGGAGAGGGGAGAGCUGCUGAAAGAGUACGAGAGCAUCCCAAAGCGACGUCCGUCAGGAGAAUGCAACAUCGCCCUGCAGCCAGAGAGCGGAGACAAAAACCGCUUCCAAGACGUCAUGCCUUACGACGACACCCGAGUGGAGCUGGUGCCCACGAAAGAGAACAACACAGGAUACAUCAAUGCGUCACACGUCAGAAUAACAGUGAGUGGACAGGAGUGGAGCUACAUUGCUACGCAGGGUCCCAUGUCGAACACCUGUCAGGACUUCUGGCAGAUGGUGUGGGAACAGGGUGUCUCUAUCAUUGCCAUGGUAACUGCUGAAGAGGAGAGUGGCCGAGAGAAGAGCUUCAGGUAUUGGCCCCGGCUCGGCUCACGACACAACACGGUGACAUACGGCCGCUUUAAGAUCACCACGCGGUUCCGCACAGAGUCGGGCUGCUACGCCACCACGGGGCUGAAGAUCAAACACCUCCUGACGGGCCAAGAGAGGACCGUGUGGCACCUGCAGUACACAGACUGGCCUGACCACGGCUGCCCCGAGGACUUCAAAGGCUUCCUCACCUACCUGGAGGAGAUCCAGUCUGUGAGGAGACACACAAACAGCAUCAGUGACCCAAAGAACACAAACCUGCCUGUGCUGGUCCACUGCAGUGCUGGAGUGGGACGCACGGGGGUGGUCAUUCUGUCUGAGAUCAUGAUCGCCUGCCUAGAGCACAACGAGGCACUCGAUGUCCCAAAAUUCCUGUCGAGGCUGCGCGCUCAGAGGAUGAUGAUGGUGCAGACCUUGUCUCAGUACACCUUCAUCUACAAGGUCAUCAUAGAAUACCUCCGCAACUCCAGGCUCAUAUGAGGCCACGUGUUGGUCACAGCCAACAUCGCAGUACAGUUAUUACACACGAUUGUAGCAUGGAGUGUGCUGCAGGUUGAUACCAAACUGCUGUAUGAACCUCGAGUUUCAGUUUGUGGAGGUGUAAAGAUCAGACGAGGCGGAAGGAGUGAUGUGUGGCUAUUUAAGAAUGAAGGAGCAUAAAGACUUAUCUCUAAACAGUAUUAUAUAUUAUUAUUUUUUACAUACAUUAUCGCUUGAUGAAACCCCGCACUUUUACAAUACUUUGCUGUACAUACUGAACCAAUGUUAAGCUGCGUAAGAAAAAAAAGUCUUUAUCAUAGAUUUGUAUCAAAACUAGUUGUAUUUUUCAAUUGACAAAAGGACACUUUUAAAAUAAAUAUUUUGGGAAUGCUGUUGGGUAGAUUUGUUCUCAGAAUUAAGGAAUGUUUUUUUUUUUUUUUAAGAAAUGACGACGGGGUGGAUCAGGUUGUGAAAAUAUCCGUUUGUCUCAUGAAGGUUUGAGGGCAAAGUAGAGAGGGAUGUUAAAGAUGUGUUGGAUCCUGCAUUUAAGUUCAGGAAUAUCAAAUAUUUAUAUGAAACAGAUUGAUGCUGUUUGUAUUCCCCUUGAUUCAACUGUGCUAAGUGGUACGGACAGUCCUCAUGUUGAAGAAUCCUCCAUACAGCAAAACUCAAAAAUAUUGAAAUAGAAUAAUCCUGAUGUGUUUUUUGAGAGCUGACCGCUGCUUCACACGUCGUGUCAAACACUGGAUUGAUUGAUGGGGUAGCACAGGUUGCAGAGAUUUAUGUUUGAUGAGAGAAGAAUAGGAACGACUGAGAAGGAGAACGAGUUGGGAUUUAAACUGGAAACGUUUAAUAUCUACCCCUUUACAAAUUAGUUGUUGUUUUUUUUAUAUUAACUAAAACUGAGGGCUGUAUUUGAUAAGUCGAUUUAAUUUAAAAAAUGUAUCACGACAAAGUGCCUGAGUAUCUGCAUUGUACAUUUGAAAAAGGCUGUGUAUAUUUGUGUUAUGUGAAAGGACAUGUUUCUCAACCAGUCAUUCAUGACUUGAUUGAUUGCAGUGAUUUGUUUUUCUUUAAGCCAAUCAAAUUGAGUCCAAUCCCUGCAUCAAGUGUAAGGCUGGCAAACGACUGAUCAUAACUCUUAGAUUUAGAUUGAAGAAGUUGUGACAGUUUUUACUUUGUACAUAAAGGACGGGGGGGGGGAGGAGUUUGACAGUAUUCAUACAGAGCUGGCUGUGGUGCUCAGUGUUUGUGUGGCCCAGAGGAAGUGAGGGACAGACCGUCUCCUGUUACAGCAUUCUGCCUGCUACGCUUGUUUUCACUUUCUGAUGUAACAAACAGCCUGCUGAUUAGAACUGAACGCCUCCACCAUAAACGUUUGCCUGGAGCUUUGUCACAGUGUGCGUCAGUUUCCUGCUGCAGCUUGAGGUGGUUGUUUGGGCUUGUGAUGUUUCCCUUUGCAGAAAUAAUGCUUACAGGCAUUGCAAAGUUUACAUGAAGUUCUGUCUUCUUUUUUUCCCAUCAAAUCUCCAACUUAAUUUAUAAUACAGCCAAAGUGACGUGAUCAUGAGUCCCUUGUUUUGUCAUGUUUUUGUUGUUUGACACACGGGCAGUGAUCUUAACUGGAAAAGUAAAAAAACAUGUCUUGACUGAAGUGAAGAUGUGCUUUUACUGGAUCAUUUUAUCGGCCCGUAUGAAUUUGCUUCAGCGUCUUCUGUUUUUUGUUUAAAGAAACUGAAUGAGUCUUAUUUCGGAGAAUGAAGAGAGGUGUUUUUGUAGCCAAGGUGCAAAUGUGUUGUCCAUGUACAGGUAUGUUGUCCAUAAUGUACACAAUGUAAAAUUUUGCUUUUAUGAAUAUUGGUUAUUGUACAAACGAUGUAUAAACUGUAUCUAUUGAACAAAAACAAAAAAAAAAGGUUUGCCUUUUGAAAAGAAGUGUAGAAAAUCUGAGACGAGAAUAAAUCAUUGGAAAUAAAU